CAUAGAUUUGAAGGUGAAGGUAAAGGAGAGAGAUGAGUGGAGAAGGAAAGGUGGUGUGCGUGAGUGGAGCCUCUGGGUACAUAGCUUCAUGGCUGGUGAAGCUCUUACUGGAACAAGGCUAUUAUGUCAGAGCAACCGUUCGUAACCCAAAUGAUACAAAGAAGACAGGACAUUUGCUGGCACUUGAUGGAGCCAAGGAAAGGCUCCAUUUAUUCAAAGCAGACUUACUUGAAGAAGGGUCUUUUGAUUCUGCAGUUGACGGAUGUGAUGGUGUUUUCCAUACCGCAUCCCCAGCUGCAUUGGAAGUCACUGACCCCCAGGCAGAUUUAAUUGACCCUGCAUUGAAGGGAACAAUGAACGUUCUAAGAUCAUGUGCAAAAAUUCCAUCUGUCAAAAGAGUAGUUGUAACAGCAUCUAUGGCUACGGUUGUGGCCAAUGGAAAACCUCUCACUCCUGAUGUGCUAGUUGAUGAGAGUUGGUUUUCAGAUCCAGUUUUCUUUCAGGAAACAAAGCAAUGGUACAUGCUUUCAAAGACCUUAGCAGAGGAGGCUUCUUGGAAGUUUGCAAAAGAGAAUGGGAUGGACAUGGUUGUGAUGAAUCCAGGAUGGGUUAUCGGUCCUGUCUUACAUCCUAUUCUUAAUCUAAGUGUGGAGGAAGUUCCGAAGCUCAUAAAUGGAGGUCAAACAUUCCUGAACAUACCAUAUCGAUGGGUGGAUGUGAGAGAUGUUGCAAAUGCACACAUUCAAGCAUAUGAAAAACAGGAAGCCAGUGGGAGAUACUGUUUAGUAGGGAGUGUCUCACACGGUUCUCAGACACUGAAGAUUUUGCACAACCUCUACCCUGUUUUACACAUUUCCCAAAAGUGUGAGGAUGACAAACCUUGUGCGCCAACCUACCGGGUAUCCCAAGAGAAAGCAAAAAGUUUGGGCAUUCACUUCACUCCUCUGGAGGUGACCCUAAAGGAUACUGUAGACAGCUUGAAGGAGAACAACCUCAUAAGUUUCUGAGACGUCAGUUUCUGUAGAAACCUUAUCAACAUUAAUGUUUUUGAACUAAAUCUGUGGCUUGUUCACCUAAAUCCAUGUUAAGAAGGUGGGCAUUUAGAAUUCUUACAUAUUGCUAAUUCUCUUGUCAUCUUUUUGUUAAGUUUUGCAAUAAUACCGAUUCUCAAGAAAAUGGUGAUUCAAGAAGUAAGAUCU